AAUAUCUUAAAAAUAAAGUUUCUAAUUUUCAAGCUGGUAGAUUGUCAUCUUAUGCUGAACAAUGGAAAUUGUUAACAUCGGAUAAAUUUAUUUUAGAUAUGGUGACGGGGGCACACAUAGAACUCUCGUCAACCCCUUUUCAGGUAAAAUGCCAACAGAAAAAAUUGUUUAGUAGCAAAGAAAGGCUGGUCAUUGAUUCUGAAAUAAAAAGCCUACUUGCUAAAGGUGUCAUUGUACCCAGUGUUACUGAACCUGGGGAAUAUAUUUCACCCAUCUUUAUUAUUCCUAAAAAAGAUGGGUCGUAUCGCAUGAUUUUAAACCUUAAACAAUUUAAUGAACAUGUGGCCUAUCAUCAUUUUAAAAUGGACACUUUAGCAUCUGCUAUUAGUAUGAUGAAACCACUUUGCUUUAUGGCUUCAGUGGAUUUCAAAGAUGCGUACUAUUCCGUACCUAUCGCAUCUACUGAUCAAAAAUACUUAAAGUUUAUUUGGGAUGGGCAACUAUACAAAUUUGUAUGUUUCCCUAAUGGACUUGCAUGUUGCCCCCGUAUGUUCACUAAACUGUUGAAACCUGUUUAUGCAAACCUAAGACAACAGGGAUAUGAAUCAUCCGGGUAUAUUGAUGAUUCCUACCUACAGGGUGAUGACUUUGCUGAUUGUGUUGCAAAUGUCAAAGUCACUGUGCAUAUGUUUGAUUCCCUAGGUUUAAUCACUCACCCUGAGAAAUCUGUUCUGAUCCCAACUCAACGAUUAACAUAUCUUGGGUUUAUUCUGGAUUCGAAAGAGAUGAAAAUAUAUUUAACUCCAGAGAAAACAGACAGAUUGAUUAAGCUUUGUGUUGACAUACUUAAAAAACCCAAGUCUACUGUUCAAGAAAUUGCAUCACUUGUUGGCAUGAUGACAGCAAGCUUUCCUGCUGUCAUGUACGGCCCACUGCAUUAUCGCAGCAUUGACAUGGAUAAAAAUGAAGCCCUAAAGAAGAGUAAAGGGAAUUUUAAUAGUUCUAUGACCUUAUCUUCGUCUUCUAUUGAAGACCUACAUUGGUGGUCAGUUUCUCUCCCGAGUGCAUUUAAUGUCGUGCAACACAGCGAGUAUGAGAUUGUUAUUUAUACUGAUGCCUCAACCACUGGUUGGGGUGGUGUCCUGGGUGACUUGAGCACAGGGGGCCAGUGGACCCCAGCUGAGUCGCUUUACCAUAUCAACUAUUUAGAAAUACUAGCAGUUCUUAUGGCACUAAAAGCCUUUCAUAAUUAUGUAAAAGACAAGCAUGUCCGUGUGUUCAUUGACAACACUACUGCAGUAGCUACCAUUAAUCACAUGGGUACCAGUCACUCCAAAGCUUGCAACUCGGCUGGUAGAUUAGUCUGGGACUGGUGUGUAAGCAAUGGCAUUUGGCUCUCUGCUGCACAUAUACCAGGUGUAUCUAACACACUGGCUGACAAAGAGUCCAGACAAGCUCUGGGUUCAAGUGAAUGGGCCCUAGAUCCUAGUUGGUUUGCUCGGGCAGUAGAGAAAGCCCGCGUUACACCAAAUAUAGAUCUGUUUGCUUCUAGGCUUAAUUACAAACUGAAACCGUUUGUUGCAUUCAAACCAGACCCAGAGGCAUGUGCCAUCAACGCCUUUAGCAUAUCAUGGUCAACAUAUUCAUUUUAUGCUUUUCCACCCUUUAGCAUCCUACCCAAAGUAUUGCAAAAAAUUCAGUCAGACAAGGCCACAGGAUUGUUAGUCAUUCCAAAGUGGCCAACCCAAUCUUGGUGGCCAAGAGUCAUGAGAAUGUUGAUACAAGUGCCAAUUCAGUUACCAAUCGGGAGGCACAUAUUGACUCAACCAAGCCAACCAAGCCUUGUUCACCCCCUUUACCCCAAGUUAGUCUUAUUGCUAUGCCAGGUAUCGGGGGAUUCCUUAAAGACCGUGGACUUUCACAGCAGGCUGCCGAACUGGUCCUGCAAUCUUGGAGAGAAAGCACUCGCAAGCAAUACAACCCCUACAUUAAACGAUGGCAGUUAUACUGUAGCGAAAGACAAAUUGAUUCAAUUUCAGCACCUAUAG